GGCUUCUCGUCUUCCCCGUAAACAAAGGAAUAAAGAAUAUGGGGCCAUGGUAAGAAAACCGUUGUGAACUGCAACUCUCUCUGCUUAGCUAGCCAUCCAGUCUCUUCGAUUCUCCCAUCUCACCGUUCCCAUUUCUCUUCAAUUAAUGACCAAGCUAGAGAAAGGAGAAGAAAAAGUUGAAAGGGAGGAAAUCAGUGGUGGCAGAAGAAGGAAGCAGUAGCCUUCUGCUCUAUUUCCCAGUACGAAGUCGAUCUUCUCAACUUCCCAGGAUCACAAAUUCAACUUCUUCUCGAACUAAGAGAAGAUUUCACCAUGUGAAGUUACUUCAGUUCACUUGGGGUCUGCUUUAUCUGAUGAUGUCGCCCCAAAGCUGACAACUUUUCUCCUCCAGCGAUUUAUAAAUUGAAUUUAUCGCGGCCCCCGAAAAUGGCGAAGAGGAUGAUGCGCAGGGUAGUAGGGAUGAACAUUGAACAAGUUGCGGAGGUCUUCAAUGCUCUUUAUGAAGAGAAGAAGCCCUUGUUCCCGUUUUUUAUCCCUUUGCUGUUGUUUCUUUGGUGCAUUGAGAGAUGGGUUUUCGCUCUGUCCAAUUGGGUUCCUCUUGGUGUUGCGGUUUGGGCUCUUCUGCAGUAUUCGAAUCAUCAGAAAAGAAUGCUUGUGAAAGAUCUGAACAGAAAGUGGAAGCGAGUUAUAUUAAGCACAUCGGCAACAACUGCUGUAGAACACUGUGAGUGGCUGAACAAGAUGUUGCUGGAAAUUUGGCUGAAUUAUUUCAACCCAAGGCUUUCGACAAGGUUCUCGCACAUAGUGGAGAGACUCUUAAAGGAUCGCAAACCCAAGCUCAUAGAAUGGGUUGAACUGCAGGAGUUUUCGCUAGGCUCAUCCCCACCUAGAUUGGGCCUUAAUGGUACUCGCUGGGCAACUUCAGGUGAUCAGCUAGUCAUGCACAUGGGUUUUGAUUGGGACACUCGUGACAUGAGCAUCAUGCUGUUGGCUAAACUCGCAAAGCCUUUGGGAACUGCUCGUAUUGUUAUUAACAGCCUGCAGAUCAAGGGCGAUCUUCUCUUGAUGCCAAUUUUGGAAGGCAGAGCAUUUCUUUACUCUUUUGUGUCAACUCCCGAUGUAAGAAUAGGAGUUGCUUUCGGAAGUGGGGGAAGCCAAAAUCUACCUGCCACUGAGCUUCCCGGGGUUUCCUCUUGGCUGGUCAAACUUUGCUCUGACACCUUAGAUAAAACAAUGGUUGAGCCUCGACGUCGAUGUUUCUCUUUACCGGCUGUGGACUUGAGAAAGAAGGUUGUUGGUGGGAUUGUACAUGUAACGGUUGUUUCAGCUAGUAAAAUUUCUAGGGCUAGUUUCAAGGGAAGUCCAACAAGAAAGCUGGAACAGAGUUCAGAAGAGGGUGUUAAUGAUAAAGAUUACCAGACAUUUGUGGAAGUCGAGCUUGGUCAAUUAACACGGAAGACAAAUGUAAGGCCAGGCUCAAGUCCUAAAUGGAAUUCGACUUUCAACAUGGUGCUACAUGAAGAAACUGGAAUGUUGCGGUUCAAUCUUUGCAACUGUAACCCUGGCAGUGUGAAGUAUGACUAUCUAGCAAGUUGUGAGAUCAAGAUGAAGUAUGUUGCAGAUGAUUCAACAGUUUUUUGGGCAAUAGGGCCUGACUCUAGUAUAAUUGCGAAGCAUGCUGAGUUCAGCGGAAGAGAAGUCGAAAUGAUUGUUCCAUUCGAAGGGCCAAACUUUGGGGAGUUGGCUGUGACGCUUGUGGUAAAGGAAUGGCAAUUCUCGGACGGUACACACAGUCUGAACAAGUACAAAAGCAGCUCUCAACAAUCUGUGGAUGGAUCAUCGAUUCUUCCUUCAAGAACUGGACGAAAGAUCAAUGUAACGGUUGUGGAAGGACAAGAUUUAACUGUCAAAGAAAGAUCUGGCAAGUGUAACCCAUAUGUCAAGUUGCAGUAUGGAAAGGCAGUCCAGAAGACCAAGACUUCAGACUCUCCCAACCCUACCUGGAACCAAAAGUUUGAAUUUGAAGAGAUUGGAGGAGAUGAAUACCUUAAGAUCAAAAGCUAUACCGCAGAAGUGUUUGGAGAUGAAAGCAUCGGUAGUGCAAGGGUAAAUUUGGAAGCUUUAGUUGAGGGUUCAAUAAGGGAUGCAUGGAUUCCUCUGGAGAAAGUAAACUCAGGAGAACUGCGGCUUCAGAUAGAAGCAGUGAAAGUUGAUGAGGAUGAUGGGUCAAAGAGCAUGACAUCAAGUUCACCUGUUGGCUGGAUUGAACUUGAAAUCAUUGAAGGGAGGGACCUUAUUGCUGCCGAUCUUAGAGGGACAAGUGAUCCAUACGUUAGGGUGCAAUAUGGAAACUUGAAGAGGCGGACAAAGGUAGUCUUCAAAACUCUCACUCCGCAAUGGAACCAGACGUUAGAGUUUCCUGAUGAUGGCAGUCCCUUGGAGUUGCAUGUCAAAGACCACAAUGCCUUGCUACCUGGAUCCAGUAUAGGUGACUGUGUUGUAGAGUAUCAAAGGUUGCCUCCAAACCAAACUUUCAACAAGUGGAUACCUCUGCAAGGCGUGAAAAGAGGCGAGAUACACAUUCGAGUCACCAGGCGAGUCCCUGAACAACCAAAGAGAACUAGUUCGGAUUCCGAAGGCUAUUUGAGCAACUCUCAUCAAAUUACAGGCCAGUUGAAGCAGAUGAUGGGCAAGCUCAAAUCUUCUGUCGAAGGUGGGAAUCUUGAUGCAGUUUCAUUAGCUUUGAGUGAGAUGGAAAGUGUAGCAGAGGCUCAAGAAGAGUACAUGGUGCAGCUCGAGACCGAGCAAAUACUUCUGCUUAACAAGAUAAAAGAGCUUGGUGAAGAAAUCAUCAACUCUCCACCAGUCUUGGAAAGAAGAUCCUCUUCUGCAAUAUAACAUCCUCUACUUUUCCUCCAUUAUACAGACUGUCAUUAGAUAUUGAAAGAGCAAAUUUGUAUCAAACCAGUAGCAGUACAGUGAUUGAAUAUAUUAACUCCAAAAAGGCAAAAACUCUUGCUUUUGGCGGGAAUGAUAUCAUAUCAUAUGUCACCAUUAAUUUCUGUUUCUUUUCUUGUUUGACGUGUCUAUCAAGUAACCUUGGGUUGAAGACCUGAAGUCGAAUUAAAACUUAAUUGAAAG